AUGGCCUCCCUCUCCAGCCGCAGCUACAUCUCAUCAUCUCGUACCGGCAGCAUGUACGGCGGGUGGAGUAGUUCCGGGGUCCCUGUCUCCAAAGUUAGCUUGGCUACCGGCAGCGUGUACGGUGGUGCAGGCGGAUCCGGGGUCCGUAUCUCCAAGGUCAGCUCGGCCAUGGCCGGAGCAGGCGGCUUCAACCUCGCCGAUGGCAUCGACAUCUCUGCCAACGAGAAGUUCACCAUGCAGAACCUGAACGACAGGCUGGCCAACUAUCUGGACAAGGUGCGCAAGCUGGAGGCGGCCAACGCUGAGCUGGAGCUGAAGAUCAGGAACUUCCUAGCGAGCAAAAGCAGUCCACAGAGCCACGACUGGACUGGCUUCUUUGUGCGAAUCAAUGAUCUGCAGGAGAAGAUCCAAAAUGGUGCCAGGACAAAUGCAGCCCUGGUUCUUGCUAUUGACAACGCCAAGCUGGCUGCAGAAGACUUCCGUGUCAAGUACGACAACGAGUUAGCUAUGCGCCAGGCGGUGGAGGCCGAUGCCGCUGGUCUGAAGCGGGUUCUGGAUGAGCUGACGAUGACUCGGGCCGACUUGGAAAUGCAAGUGGAGGGUCUGAAAGAGGAAUUGAUCUACAUGAAGAGGAACCAUGAGGAGGACCUCAUUGCCCUGCGGUCCCAGAUGACCGGACAGGUCAACGUAGAGUUAGACGCUGCCCCUCAGCAGGACCUCUCCGCCAUCCUUGCCGGAAUUCGAGAACAUUACGAAAACGUCGCUGCCAAGAACCGCAGAGACCUGGAAGCCUGGUUCAACGCCAAGACGGCCGAGCUCAACAAGGAAGUGACCGUGAGCCUGCAGACGUCCAGGAGCGAGAUGAGCGAAGUGCGCAGAACUUUACAGAACCUGCAGAUCCAAUUGCAGGCUGAGCUCAGCCAGAAAGCAGCUCUGGAGGGAACGCUUGCCGAGACUCAAGCCCGUUACGCCGCCAUGUUGCACGGCUACCAGAGGCAGGUGGCGCUCUUAGAAGAGCAGUUGGCGCAGCUUAGGGCUGAAGUGGAGAACCAAAAGCUCCAGUUUGCUGAGCUUCUAGACAUCAAAACACGUCUGGAAAUGGAGAUCGCAGAGUACCGCCGCCUGAUGGACGGAGAGGUCACCAGCAGCACCACCACCACCACCAAAGCCAAUCGGGGUGUCGUCAUUGUGCAAGAGGUCAACACCAGGAGCGUGAGAUAAGAAGGAAGAUCAUCAACACCAAACCUUCUCAAUAAAUAUCAUUUCUG